AGUAGGGAACAGGGGUAGCGUGGGACAAAAAAAAUGGCCGAUGUGCAUUCACCAGAACCCCAGAGACACCAGGUAGAGUCGCUCAGCUGCUUGGAAGAUGACCCGAGGGAUAUGGCAGAGAAACACGAGGAAGGGUGUUCAUCGAGUCCGCCUGGUUUUGCCGUCGGUCAUGACGACAGUAGUAACAAGAACGAACGCAAUUCUGAAAGUAAAGUAUCUGGUGAUGGUGUGGCAGGGUUGCGCGGUAGUCAGACUGAAAUUAGCAUUGCCCACCAGACAAAUAAUGCUACAAUGGUACCCAAUCUUGUGAUUGACUUAACAGCGUCCGAACAUGAGGCCCACACGCACCCCGUCGUUUCCUGUGAUAACCAGCGGGAAUUUGAAUGGUCCGAGGCGGAGGAAGAGUCGGAACUACACAGAGAUGCAGUGGAGUACGAUGAGAACAACGUGCCAGAGAUGGGGGUGGACGUCUCACCCAAACUAAUUGACAAUGGAGUGGAAUCAAGCCCUGGAGGGGAGGAGGUGGAAGCUGCAAAGCCUUCUUCGCCAUCCCAGGACAGGGAGAAAAAGGUAAAGGGCACGGACAAGGAACUGGGAGAGAAGGAGGGAGGGACGGCGAAAGCCGAGGCGCCGGUGAAACAGAAGAAGAGCCGGCUGAUAUGCCGGGAGUGCGGCAAGCUGUUUACGCGCCGCGAGACGUUCAACCUGCACCGGCACUUCCACACGCACCAGGACGAGCUGGCCUCCCUCACCUGCAAGGAGUGCGGCCUCACCUUCCAGCACCGCAGCAGCCUGAUCAAGCACCGCAGCGAGCACAAAGAGAAGAGCGCGCCCGUCGUUUUGGAGAAGAGGGUCCACGGCAGGGAAGGGAGGAGCCUGCAGUGCGCGCACUGCGGGGAGACGUUCCGCACGCUGGUCAAGCUGAGGUGCCACGCUUGCCGGCUGGCCCCGGAGAAGCCCUACCGCUGCCCGCUGUGCCGCAGGGAGUUCCAGUACAAGGUGUCGAUCAACGCCCACAUGCAGACGCACUCCCUGGAGAGUCCCUUCCGCUGCCAGGAGUGCAACAAGGGCUUCCAGUGCGCCAAGACCCUCCGCGUGCACCAGCGGUCCCAUGCCGCCCUCAAGCCCUUCGAAUGCCCCGAAUGCGGCCUGGUCUUCCGCCAUCGCUCCAUCAUGGAGGACCACCGGCGCAAGCACUCGGCGGGGGGGCGGCCCCACCAGUGCGGCAUCUGCGGCAAGCGGUUCAAGUUCAGCAGCCUCCUGCACCAGCACCAGUUCCUGCACACGGGACAGAAGCCCUUCCAGUGCCCUGACUGCGGCAAGAAGUUCGCCUUCGCGCAGAACAUGCGGGCGCAUUGGCGGCAGCACCGCAAGCUGGUGCACGCCUGUCCGCGCUGCCCCGUCACUUUCCCGGACCAGAGCAGCCUGAAGGUGCACAUGCAGAGCCAUCGGGCUUCAGAGGAGGGCCUGGCAGGGGCGGUCCAAGUGAACGCAGAUAGCGGCAAGGUUCGGGAACGGUCCCACACUUGUCCCCUCUGCCCCCUCGUCUUGCCUGACCUGGCCGGCCUAAAGGCGCACAUACUGGUCCACGAGGCGGAGGAGAGGUUUGGAGGGUCGGAGAGGGUAAGCAUGAACAAUGGUGAAAGUCAAGAGCGCCCUCUCACCUGCCCCCACUGUCCCCUGGUCUUGCCUGACCGGAACAGCCUGCAGGCUCACGUUGUGAUCCAUGAGGUACCAACGGAGGAAGACGGUGUGGUGCUGAGGGUAGGUCGAAAGCCAGGCCCCAAAAACGUACAGGAAGUACCCGGGGGAGGGUUGAGCGGGGACCAUGCAAACCGCAAGCCCCUGAAGUGCCCAGAGUGCGGCAAGACCUUCCGGCACCGUUCCGUUCUGGAGCUGCACAUGCGCAUUCACUCCAGAGACAAGCCCUUCCAGUGCAAAGUGUGCGGGAAAUCCUUCAAAUUCAGCAGCUACCUGCAACAGCAUCUGAUCAUCCACACGGGCCAGAAGCCCUUCAAGUGCCCGGACUGCGGCAAGGACUUUGCCUUCCUCCAGAACAUGAAGACCCACCAGAGGCUGCACCAGCAGAAGCCAUAUCGCUGCACCCAGUGCCGCAAGGGCUACAGUGAGGAGAGCGAGCUCCAGCGCCACAUGGUCUCCCACACCGGUGACAAGCCGCACAAGUGCCAGCUGUGCAACAAGAGCUUCGGGCUGGCCUACCUGCUGCGUGACCACCUCAACACCCACACUGGGGAGCGGCCCCACCGCUGCCUGGAGUGCAACAAGUCCUUCCCCUGGCUGAGCAGCCUGCUGGUGCACCAGAAGAUCCACGCCCGCAAACGGCAGGGGCUCAGCCAGCCUCUCUCCCUCCCGAUGGCGGCCCAGAGGGGCAGGGGUCGGGCCAGGGGCGGCAGGGGCCGGAGAGGGGGUAGGUGGGCAUCUGCCUGGCCCAGGUGGGGUGGAGGUGAGGGCGCGGGUAUGCCGCCUUCGCCGUCUUAUCCGGUUGCCGUGGCGAGAGAGCCAGAGUGGCCGGGAAGGCUGGCUCAGCAGCCGCCCGCGAUCUACGCCUCACAGUUCAAUUUCCAAGAGCAGUGGCAGCAGCACCAGACACAGCAGCAGUGGAGGUCACAGGUUUUGGUCCAGCAGCAGCAGCAGCAGCAGCAACAACAACAACAACAACAGCAGCAGCAGCAGCAGCAACAGCAGCAGUGGAGAUCAGAGCAGCAGCACCACCAGCAGCAGCAACAGCAGUGGAGAUCAGAGGUUUUGGUCCAGCAGAAGCAGCAGCAGCAGCCUCUGAGUUGGGCAGAUGUGCCCACGUCAACCCAGGUGGGCCGGGCCAGCAUUCAGUACGGUUCCCCUCUCCCUCCGCAUGUGGACGUUGCCAGCUUGUGGGGCUUCCAAACAACUGCGUCUGUACCCCGCACCCUGAGCUCGCCUGCAAAAUCUGGGGAGGGACUUGAGCAGAAGCAGCAGCAGGCGCCCGCGCUGGGCUGGGCGGAUGGAGCCUCGGCAGUGCCGAUGGGCGUGGUUCAGCGGGAGUCCUCCCGUUCCCACAUUGGCAACGGGCCUGCCGUGUGGGGCUUCCAGACACCCCCGUCUGUGCCCCAGACCGUCGGUCACCCAAAAAAACCCGGGAACGGGCAGGACCAGCAGCAGUCUGCAGUGUGGACUAGUGCGCCCGCUCCAGCGAAGAUGGUCCCGAGUUCGGUCCAGUACGAGGAGGCCCAUCCCAGACGAGGGAAUGGAGGUGCUAAGUUUGGAUUUCAGCCUUCUCUAGACGGCCCAAAGGCCCUGAGUUCUCCAAGUAAGUUUGGGGAGGCGCAAGACCAGCAGCAGCAGAAAGCGCAACAGCCAAUGAUGGCUAAUCUCCAAGCCCAACCAGAUCAGACCACCCCUGUUCUCUCACUGCCCCCACCCCCCGCUCCUCCUCCUCCUCCUCCUCCUCAACACCAUGCUUUACCUUCUUCUCCCUCAGUUUCCUUAGCCCUUCCACAGACCCUCUCUUUACCCGCCUUGCAAACCCUCGCUCUCCCUCCCCCUAUUUCUCUGUCUCUUUCUCUUCCCCCUCCUCCUCCUCCUCUUCCUCUUCCUCCUCCUCCUCAGUCCCUGCCCUUACCGCCCACUCAGCCCCACCGUCCCGACGGCAGCGGCACCGGCUCGCUCCCUCCCUCCACCCAGAACAACUACCUCGCGCAGAAGCGCAUGAUUUGCGAGAGGCUGCCCUGCCCCCCGGCCUUGCCGCUGCUGCAGCCUGCGCCGCUGGCCAAAGUGCACCAGGCCGACGGCGGCCGGCCCCUGCCAUUCGCCCGCAACCCCCUCCUCCAGUGCAUGAUCUGCGGACACUCUCUGCCCCGGGAGCUGGACUUGCACUUGCACUACAUGCAGCACGCGCAGGGGGAGAUUUAACGCCCCUACCACCUGCGAAGCUCGCGGGCACGCAUCGAUAAGUAUUGCUUCCUCACUGUAACGGUCAUUUCAACUGCCUCUCUCGUUGUUCUCUCUUUGCUUCAGCCAAAUAAAUAUCGGACACAGGUCGCUCAGCCGUUGUCAAGCUGCUACAGAGUAUCAAGUCCAAAAUGCACUUGGUGGAUUUAUCAGUAAUUUUCACGGAAUUUGUAAAUGCUGGAACAUUGCUGUAACUUUAUUGGUGGGAAGUCAUGCAACCACAAGAAAGCAUGCAGCAUGUGCUAUAGGUUUUAUACCUUAAUGCAUAGAGCUAUAUAGUGUGUGGGCUGGAAAUGUACCUGCAUACAUACGUCGUUUUAAGUGAUAACUUUCAGUGAGAGGACUUCAAAAUCAGUUUUGGCGAUUGGAACUCAGUUUUGAUGCUUGUCAUGUUCAAACUUUUUUUUAAAUUAUUAACAAAUACACUUACAUUGCAUAGGAUUUGUUGAAAUGUCUUCAUUGAACUGGCCUUUGAAAUGAUGUCAAAUGAAGUUUGAUGCCACACAGUUUGGUGCCUGUGGCCUGUAUGCGUUGAGACACGUCAAGUUGUUCGCUAGUCAAUUUUUGGUUUCCUAGGUAUUGUUUUUACUGUUGCUUAUUUAAAAUGCAAUGAUUUUCAGUGUCAUUUAAAUCCAUUCCAUCCAUUGGGCUAUUUUUUUGUCUCAUUUCAGUGGUAAAUUGUCCCCAAUCAAUGCAGCCUUCCAAGAAGCUUGCAUGGGCAGUCUCGUUUUGGAAUAGUAACACCUCAUUGAAUAUUAAUUUUUCUUUCUUUCUUUAAAAAAAAUUUUUUUUAAAGAACAUUUGCAGUGUUGAAUUACAGACGGUGCAUCAUAUUAGGCGGACAAUGCCUUUUAGGGACUGUGAUUGCAGGGGCCAGUGUCUGGAAAGACCUGCUUGUGCUUUACUACUUUAUUUACAAUGAAUAUGUGAUUUCUUUUCAAAGUAUAAAAUAAUUUUGUUUCAGCUGAGCUGUUGCUCCACGAGAAAGUCCGUAACACUGCAAAGUGGCAAACAGUCCACCUCCGAUAUUCAAAAGAACUUUAUACAUAUGUACAUUUUUAGAGAAUUUAUUUGUAAUCUCUUAAAUCAGAAUAUGUGAAGCACCACCAUUUUAGGUUUGGUGUGUGUUAAUGUGUGCUUGAGGAUUCAGAAUUUUGUGUAGAGGCCCGAUUGCAGCGAACAAAUAAUUUUGGUCACUGUUAAUGUAGACCUAAGGCUUAACUCAUUACUCCCAUUGGUACUUAGGAUGCAUCAGAACAGGAGUUUGGUGCAUGCUUGAUUUGUUGUGGUCUUCUGAACAUCUGAUCUCUGUUUUUGAGGCCAUUCAUAAAAUGGGAAUUUCCAAGGAAACAAAGCAGAACGAUUCAGUCUUUAACUUUGACAUUUGAAGAAAUCUGGUCAAUAUACACUAGUGCAGUUAUAUUUAAAAGUUGGUCAUACUAGUAAAUCAUUUAACAAUAUGUUUCUUUUAUAAGUGAGAAUACAGAUAAUACUUUUUAGUACUGUUACUCUGUGGGGGGGGAACAAAACAUCAGUGUUGAUUCUCUGUUGCACAUGGCAUGUGAUGAUAUCUUCUGUCGUGUGUUGCAAUAAAUCUCAAGUGCCUACGAAGGCCUCUGGAUGCAGGAAAAGUACUUGCUGUGGAAGCAAUGCUGUAACAAUCUGUCAUUUUUUAGUUUUCUUGGCCCUGUCCGUUCCAUUACAAAGCGGGCACAAGCAAAACGUUCAGGAAAGUGAAAAGAAAAUAUUCUAAGAUUAUUAAAAAGGUGGAAAUGCAAAGGAAAUAAGUAACUGUCCAAAAUGUACCUUAAUGGUAAAACUGUUCAGUAAAAUGCUUUUGCCAA